AAUGACUUCUGUAAUUCUACUUGAGUAGCAUUAUCUUGAAGUUGCGCAAAAGUCUCGAGUGUGUUUCCAAUUUUCCCCUCUGCCUUCAACAAUCCACCGUGGGACUGGGGACGCUGCGGCAGACCGUCACGGAGACUUGUCCUCCUGUCUGAUUCACGAGCCGAGCGGAGCUGACAGGGAGGAGCUCCAGUCCCAGCAGCCCGCACAGCCCCGCAGCUCUCGGUGGAAGGAAGCGGAAAUAAACGUCGAGAGCAGCGUCUGCUACCAGCUAGCUUCAGGCUCCGAAAACGGGCUGUGAGCGAUUCCUCCUCGUCGGUUUGCUCUCCAUAGGAAGCAGGGAGAGCUUAGUUUACACGAUAUCGUUUGGGUUAUUACGGAGACCGAUCUGAAACGGAAUAUCGUGAACAGUACAGCCCUGUGACCUUUAUGUGAGGUGAAAGUCGUAAAGGAGCGGGACGGGAGGAGAGACUCGGAGAAAAGCAUCUGCCCACGGUCGUGUGGAUUCUUUUAGGUUCAGUCGUAGAAACCCAACUGCAUCCAGAUCCAUUUCCAGCACGCAGCUCAAACGAUGGAGGCCGUCGCCAAAUACGAUUUCAAAGCUACGGCCGAUGAUGAGCUCAGUUUCAAGCGUGGAGAAGUCCUCAAGGUAUUAAAUGAAGAAUGUGAUCAGAACUGGUACAAGGCAGAGCUAAACGGGAAAGAUGGAUUCAUCCCCAAGAACUACAUAGAGAUGAAAGCUCAUCCGUGGUUCUUCGGGAAGAUUCCUCGCGCCAAAGCGGAGGAGAUGCUGAACAAGCAGAGGCUCGAUGGGGCCUUCCUCAUCAGAGAGAGCGAGAGCGCACCGGGGGACUUCUCCCUGUCUGUCAAGUUUGGAAAUGACGUGCAGCACUUCAAGGUUCUCCGCGAUGGAGCUGGAAAGUAUUUCCUAUGGGUGGUGAAGUUUAACUCUCUCAAUGAGUUGGUCGAUUACCACCGCACCACCUCAGUCUCCCGCAAUCAGCAAAUCUUUCUGCGAGACAUAGAGCAGGUUCCCCAGCAGCAUCCCACGUACGUACAAGCGCUCUUCGACUUCGACCCGCAGGAGGAAGGCGAGCUGGGCUUCAGGCGCGGCGACUUCAUUCAAGUCCUGGACAACUCGGACCCCAACUGGUGGAAAGGAGGCUGCCACGGCCAGACGGGCAUGUUCCCGCGCAACUACGUCACGCCUGUCAGCCGGAACAUGUGAAGCAGCCAGCCGCGUUCAGCCGCAACCAUUUCCGUCAUCAUUGUUUUUUGAUCUCAUCACCCCCGCCUCCAGCCCCGGUCCGGCCCCCACCCACCACCCACCCCCCGUCCCCACAGAAACAGCAAACAACUGAAAGAGAACACGAGCACUGCUGUAGUAGGCGUCACUUUGCGGGUGACAGCUGAGCAAAGUCGACUCUCAUUGGUGCCGAGAAUGUCCCCGCCCCCCGUGGAACGCCUGGGGGGGGCUGUGUUUGAGGGCAGUCUUAACGCAGAGAAGCCUAAAGCAGCGAGGAGAACGGAACAUGUCUCCGCCUCCUAACAUUCUGCCUUUCACUCCUUCUUCUUCCUUUGCAGCAUGUUUUAAUCACUUUAAUGAAUUCCCUUCAAUAAAUCCUCUCUUGUUUUAAAGGAGAAAAAUAUUGAAAAAAACGGAAAAAAAAGAAAUUGUUUUAAAAAUGUACAAAAAGAAAACUGAUGUCAACAAAACAGUAGGUUUCCAUGUUAAAGACCAUUGGUAUGUGAGCAUUGUACUUCAGCCGUUGGCUGCAUAAAUGAAUCAAGUAUAGAGAGAAUCCAUUUUUUAAGAAAAUAUAUUAUAUAUUUGUAUGUUUGUUUGUUUUACCUCUCAUCACAAAUUAUUUUCCAUUUGUAAAUUAUGUUCAAUCUUCUGUUAGUCAGGGUUAAGACCUUGUAGCUCUAGAAUGUGAUGAGUUGUCUUUUUUUUUUUUUUGUCUGAAUCUAUCGGAGGUUUUUCCAGAUCAAACCGCACGACAUCCGAGGCGCCAAAAAGUUCCAUUCGGACGAGGUUUCUCUGGUCUGUAACGCAACUACAGUCAGUUCUUUCAAGAAUCUAAUGUCGACCAGCAAGAGGACCGCUGCAGAAUCAAACGGACCCUCUGAGGACCGCUUAGGUUUUGAAAGCCGAUUUAUUUAUUGCAGCCGAUCGACUCGGGCCGUGAAUGUAGCUGACUGAAUCUGUAGACGAACAUGAGGGAAACGCAGUCAGAACCACACAACCACGCAAGGGAUUUGAAGUCAUGCUGAAAUGUGGUCAUUUGUAGUGAGCGCUGACAGAGGACUUGUACAGGUAGACUCCUUUUCAAACACAUUCAUUACUUGCAUGCAUCAGCAGACGCUCUCCACCUUGUACGCGCACCAAGCAAAGGGGUGGAGUUCGGCUAACCACGCUGACUAAUCACCAGUGAAAACCUGCAGCUGGCACAGAUUCAGAGUUUGGAGAACUGUGAGAUUGUCUGUUUUCCUAUUUUUUUUUGCUAACAUUUGAAAGACGAGCUGAGAUGAUGUAAAGAUGUUUUUUUGUUCCUAGUCUUUUUUUCUGUUUUUUUUUUCCAUCGUGGUGUGUGGUCAAGCACUUUUUAUUUUAUUUUUUUGUUUUGUUUUUUUGUCAAGCCUAAGUUUUGUUCUGGUCCAAAUGUGUGUUUGUUUACUGUGUUUGUGUUUCUUUUUCUCUCUGGAUAGUGCCUUUCUCUCUGGUGUUUUAGUGUCUCUGACCUGCUACUUUGAGCCCCCCCUCCCAGCCCCCUGAAGCCCCUUUUUGGGGCCUGCCAGUCCUGCAGCCAGAAAUGAUGUAAAUAAUAUAAAAUAGAGAAAAGCGCCCCUCGGUGCCCCCCCUGCCCUGUUUUACUCCUCCUACAUGGACCCGCUUCACCUUAGGUCUCACCAACAUGGAACUCGCCUUGUCUUAUCUAAUGAUAAUGUUUUGUUUUUUAUUUGCAUUCUUGUUUUUUUUUUUCAAUGAAUUAAAAGCAAUUAUUAAACUUGU